ACUUCAAACAUUUCAUAUUUUCUUCCUUGUUUCAUUUAUGUACGUGUUAGUGUUCUGCACCACAACAAGGGGAAAUAAAAUGAGGUGGCAUGGACUACUUGGAUUGUUCCUACUGUUUAAACAGUCGACUAAAGCUGAACAAUACAUUGUUAGCAAUGACUCAAACCCAUGGCUUCUAUCAUCUUGCGAUCUUGCGGAACCAAGGCUAGUUUACAAGAAUACUCAUUUUGAGGUUGCUGAAGAAAUUGGUGUUUUAUCAAACAAUACGGAAGCUUGGAUAGGAUACGUUUCAGUGAAAGUUCCAUAUUUUUUUCACGGUUGUGCACAAGUGCAAACUACUGAAACGUACAGUGUAGCAAGGAUUGGCUACUGCCAGAACCAGUGCGGGCAUAACAGACCAUUUGGAAUAAAAGCGCAAAAUGGCGAAGAUAUCUUAAACCCUACAUCGCUAAUAGACUGCAUUUGUUUCUAUACCUCUGUACCUGAAAUCCUGUUUGGACAUUUCGACAACGACAAAAAGAAUCGUUUUGAAAAAGACGGUUAUGCCAUCUUUACUCAAAUCAGUCGUAAGUACACAGACACUUCACAAAAUAAUACAUCCAUAAAUACGUAA